CAUUGAAGAUAAAGAUUGUAUGGUUGCACAAAAGUUAAAAAAAAAGAAGAAGAAAGAUUCGUUUGUCUCAGAUCCACUACAACGUGUAAUGUAUGCACAUGAGGAGUCUUAUCGCUUCACUGUAACGCCUUCAAAAACCACUUUCGUUUGUUAGAAAAAAUCGAUUAGAUUGAUAAAUUAUUUCUCGAAAUGAAAAUGGAGCUCAUCUUCAUACCAUCACCUGGUGAAGGACACAUCCGGCCACUAGUGGAAGUGGCUAAGCUUCUUGUCGACCGCGAUGAUCAUCUCUCCAUCACCAUCCUCAUCAUCCCUCAGAUGCUUGGCUUCAGUAGCGGCUCUGCCUCUUACAUCUCUUCUCUCUCCUCCGCGUCUGAGGACCGCCUUCGCUAUCACGUUCUCUCCGUAGCCGAUCAACCAAACUCCGAUGAUUCCAAACCAAAUUUUCUCGCCUACAUCGAUAGCUUCGGGCCAGAGGUGAUAGCCACCUCAAAAAAACUUAUUGACCCCGCUCAACUUGCUGGAUUCGUGGUGGAUAUGUUCUGCACGAGUAUGAUUGAUGCCGCGAACGAGUUAGGCGUUCCGAGUUACAUGUUCUUCACUUCCAACGCCACGUUUCUUGGAUUGCAAGUUCAUAUUCAGUACCUUAACGACGUUAAGAACUAUGACGUCAGUGAUUUGAAGGACUCGGACACCACUGAGUUAGAGAUCCCAACUUUGACUCGUCCUUUACCGGUUAAGUGUUUCCCCUCCGUGAUGCUCAACAAAGAGUGGUUACAUAAAAUAUUUAGCCAAACCAGAAGAUUCAAAGACACUAAGGGAAUUUUGGUAAAUACGUUCGCAGAGCUUGAGCCUAAAGCUAUGAAGUAUUUCUCCGGUGGAGAUCAUUCUCUUCCUCCGGUGUACACAGUUGGACCGGUUAUGAAUCUUAAAAUCAACAGUCCAACUUCCGCAGAUGAUAAGCAAUCGGAGAUCUUACAGUGGCUCGACGAGCAGCCAUGUAAAUCUGUUGUGUUCCUCUGUUUUGGAAGCAUGGGUAGUUUCCGUGAGGACCAAGCUAGGGAAAUCGCAAUCGCGCUUGAGCGAAGUGGUCACCGAUUUGUCUGGUCUCUUCGUCGUGCUCAGCCACCGGGAACAAUGGGACCUCCCGAAGAAUUCACGAAUCUUGAGGAGAUUCUCCCGGAGGGAUUCUUAGAACGCACGGCAGAGAUAGGUAAGAUUAUAGGUUGGGCACCACAGAGCGCCAUACUUGCAAAACCUGCGGUCGGAGGAUUCGUGUCGCACUGUGGAUGGAACUCGACACUAGAGAGUCUUUGGUUCGGAAUUCCAAUAGCCACGUGGCCUCUUUACGCUGAGCAACAAGUUAACGCGUUCGAGAUGGUUGAUGAGUUAGGUCUAGCUGUGGAGAUCCGAAAUAGUUUCCGGUUGGGUUUUAUGGCGGUGGAGUCGGAGUUGAUGACGGCGGAGGAGAUAGAGAGCGGAAUCAAUUGUUUGAUGGAGCAGGAUAGUGACGUGAGGAAUAGAGUGAAGGAGAUUAGUGAGAAGAGCCACGUUGCAUUAAUGGACGGUGGAUCUUCGCAUGUUGCUCUUCUAAAGUUCAUUCAAGACGUCACUAAGAAUAUCUCUUGAAUCUUUACAGAAUAUUAUCCUAUCUCCAUGAUUCAUUGGCUAUGGUUAAGUUACCCAUUUCGUCAAGUAAAAAUCUUAAGUAACGCUAGUGUUUUUGUCUCUUAUAAAAACGUAUAUGUUUGAGAUUAUUGGAUAAGAUGUUAUAAUUAUACGAGAAAUACCCUAAACUAGCACCAUUUUAGGUUUUUGUUCCAAAACUAGCACAAACAUUCAGAUUUUCCAAAAGUAGCAUUUUUAUUAUAUUAAUUAUAUUUCGAAAAUUAAUUAGUAAAUAUUUUUUUGUUCUUUGUCUUCUUCGUCUCUAUCUUCUCAUGGCAUCGUCUUCCUCCAUCAAUCGUCAUCUCCAGCAUCUCCACCAAUCAUCGUCUUCCUCCAUCAAUCGUCAUCUCCAUCAUCUCCACCAAUCAUCGUCUUUGGCAUCGUAUUCAUCCAUCAAUCGUCUUCUCCAUUUUAAUAGGUAAUGAAUGAAAUUAAACACACCUCAAUAUCUCUUUUACUUGUCACUCCAAAUUAUGUUAUCAAAAUUAAAAGCAAAACAAAUCUGAUUCGAUGAUUCAAUGAUAAUGGAA